ACAAAAGGCAGCCAUUUUCGGAGUCGGUCGUUGUAGCGGUGCGAAUUUUACAAGAUUUAGAAGUGUGGAAGCCUCCAUCUCAUCGAUACACUCUGCAGAUUUUAUCCAGUAACAAUGUCUAAAGGAAACGAGCAAGGAAAACUUUUUGUUGGGGGUUUAAGCUGGGACACUACAAAAGACAGCCUUAGCGAAUACUUUGGCAGAUAUGGAGAAGUCAUUGACUGUAUAGUGAUGAAGAACCUUCAGACAGGAAAGUCACGAGGUUUUGGUUUUGUGACUUACAAAGAUCCUGCCUGCGUAGAGACAGUGCUGUCCUCUGGACCACAUCAGUUAGAUGGACGACAGGUUGACCCCAAGGCUUGCAACCCUAAAGCUGCACAACAGAAUCGUAUGAGAAACAGUGAUGGCAUGGGGGGUGGUGGCGGCGGCAUGAGAGGUGGCGGAGACAAGAGCCGGAAGAUCUUCGUCGGCGGUUUGCCCAACAGUGCUGAUGAAGACACUCUGAAAAUGGCUUUUUCUGGAUAUGGAAAGGUGACAGAGGUAGUAAUCAUGUAUGAUCAGCAGAGGAAGAGAUCUCGAGGCUUUGGGUUUUUGACAUUCGAGAGUGAGGAAAGCGUUGAAGCAGUUUGCAAGGAUCGCUAUGUGGAUGUUAGCAACAAACAGGUGGAAUGUAAGAGAGCAGAACCUAGAGACGGUAAGCAGGGUGGUGGCGGCGGUGGAGGUCCCUGGGGACCACCCGGGGGUGGACAGUGGAACCAGAACUCUGGACCUCCAGGGGGUGGCCCCUUCCAGGGCCCCGGUGGAAUGGGCGGGUACCAGGACUUUAAUCAAGGUGGCUUCAAUCAGUUCCAGGGUGGAUAUCAACAAGGGGGCUGGGGACAACAGCCAAAUAUGGGCAACCAAGGAGGGUGGAUGCAGAAUUCAAUGCCCCAGGGGCCGUCUCAUAUGGGUGGUUACGGGAAUCAGGGCAACUUUCAGGGUCCUCCCCAGGGCCCACCUCAGCAGUGGGGCGGGCAGCCUCAACAGGCUCCACCAGUACAGUCUCCGCCACAGGGGCCAAAUGCCGGUAACUACGGUUACGGUCAGCCGCAGGGAGCCCCAGGUGGGUACAGCUCCCCACCCCAGAGUCAGCCUCCACAGCAACAGCCCCAGGCAGGACCAGCUCAGCAAAUGUUCGGAGAUUAUGGACACCAGGCCCCUCAUGGUCAGAACAUGCCACCCUCAGGCCCAGGCUACGGCCACUCCUAUGGCCCGCCGCAGUCGCAGCCACACCCGUCACCGAUGCCCCCCCGUCCGGAGCCUUAUGCUCAACAUGCUCCACCCCCUGGCCCAGGUGGCUAUGGAGGAAAUCCACCCCAAGGCCAAUCUCCAGCCGCUGACCCAGCUGCAGCACAGAACACAGGUUACAACUACAGCAGUCAGUAUGGUAACAUGGGAAACUACAACCAGGAACAGAGUAGUUACGGUCCGACUAGAGGGUACAACCAACAACAAACAAAUGGAGCAGCACACAGUUACAAUCAAGGUGGUUAUUCCAGUGAUGGUAUGGGUGGCUAUGGGAAUGCUCCUAACCCAGGGUAUGGCCAGGGAGAUGCUGGUGGAGCUGGUGGGUAUGGAUCCCCGCCCCAGAACAGGAUGCCCCAGGGCACUGGCCCUGCAGGGGGCUACCACCCAUACAGGAGAACAUAAACAGAGUUUUAGUAUUGCUUGUGAGAGACAGACGCAUCGCAGGGCUUUGAGAAGGGACAUGCAAAGCAUACACAACUGCACCACAUAUAUACGCUGGACCAUGUUUGCUAUGGUCCAGGAUUUGACAAUGUUGCAGU